CUGCCAAAGUGCAAGUUCUCUCCUGAUUGAGACAGAGUCUCUUACAUGAUCAGGAAGACUGGCACAAACACUCUGGAGAAGAACCUGCUUGUCUGCUCGCUUUGCAUGAUGACAACAUAUUCAGAUCAAGACUCAGAACCAAUUCCUGAUAUUGACGUCAUUACAGAGUCUCUGAAUCUUGCUGACUACAAUGUCAGGAAAAUCGAAUUCUUUAAGGUUGAACACGGAUUGAAUCAAGAGUGGCAUACAGUGUUAUCACAACUUGAAGGCUUCAAGGCCACUUGUGGUGAAAUCAAGGAAAAACUCAAAGUCAUUAAGAAAAGCAAUAACUGGGAGCACCUAGUGGACAUCCACUUUGAAAUCAAGGACUUCAUAAACUCACUCUUCAGCUCUGAGCUAAUGAAGAACUAUACCAAGCAACUCCAUUGAGCAGAGUUUAGAGAAGCGAGAGGGUGCAGAACCUUUGUCAGUGAUGUAUCCCAGGCUACUAUCAGAAACCAAGUGAAAGAGAUUCAGGAGACUAUUACUGCUACACAAGUCAAUCCCCUCAAAGAGGCACUUAGAAGAGCUGCUCAGAGGGACAGAGACAAGAAUGCCCAACUGGAGAGAUUGGAACAGGACAAGAAGAACCUUGAUGAGUCUCUUCAUAACUCUGAGCAAGUUUCCUUACAAAGACAACAAGAGAUUGUAAACCUCAGCCAGCAAAUCCUGACUUUUGAAAGAGACCAAGAGCAACAAAACAGACAGGCAGAAGAAAUGAAGCAGGAGAUACUCGUUCUCGAGGACACUUUGCAGCAGGCGAAACAAACUCUAGAGGAUACCUUGCAUCAGUCUAAGCACACUCUCGAUUACACAGAAUUAAAAGCAAUUCAUAAUGCCAUGAAGGAGUCCUCAGAUUCGUUCAAUGAGGACUCAGAAUUGGAAAUUUGGGCACACAAUGCUUCCAACCAAGACUUACUGAAGGCUCUGCAGUUAUUCAGACUCCCUCCUCUGAAGAAGUUUUCUCUAAACUGUAUCUAUGCUUUAAAAAAACCUGAGCUGGUAGUGAAGUUCCUUUCCAAUGCUUUGAGCGAUAACAUCAAAUACUUCAGCUUCAACACUAACACUGAUGACUGCCCUGAACUCACUCCUUACAUGGCCACUCUGACCAAGAUCCUUCCCUUCAUCCCCUCCAGAGUUGAACUUGGCUACUGGACAAUCGCCAACUUCCAGUUCCAAGACAUCCUCGUGGCUGCGCAGAAGACAGACCAUGUACAGUUCAAGAACUGUAAGAUAGAUGUUGGAGAGGAAGUGGACUUUGGAAGCAGACUUGACCAAGCUACUUUUACCAAGAUCGAUUUUGAGGGUACCGGGAAGAGUAAUAAGAGCAAUUGGAGCCAAAAUGGGUUUGAACAGUUUAAAUAUGUGAUGGAGGGGCUAGCGAAAGUGGAGAGUGUUAGGAAUAGACAAGUUAGUAUUUGCCUGAAGAACUGUGAUAUAUUGAAAGAUCAAGCUCAGUCAAUAUUACAGGAGAAUGGAAUGACGAAUAUGACAGUUGAGGAGAUUUAAUUACAAAAGAGAUGAAUAAUAGAGAUAUCAAUA